UCAAAUUCAAAUACGGCCAUUCAAUUAUUUCUUGAUACUUUACGUUCGGUGUCGCUUCGGCGGUGGACACGAAGCGGGAAUUAUCAGCUAAUUCAAUCGAAAUUCCAAUAUACGGGUCACCAUUUGUCAUAUCAACACAUUUUCAACUCAGAUCAAAGAUGGAGGGUCCACCAGGACCGUCAUGCGACAGGCUGGGAGAAGGCUGUCAGUGCGAGCCAGAAGUCAAGGUCAAGAGCAAGCGGUAUGGCAGGGGAGCCGUUGAAUCAGGUCUGACUCACGAGUGCGGCGUGUUCGGCGCUAUCGGCGCUGGGGACUGGCCCACCCAGGUGGACGUUGCACAGGUCAUAUGUCUCGGUCUCGUGGCUCUACAACACAGAGGGCAGGAGUCAGCUGGCAUCACGACGUCUGAAGGCAAGAGCGCGUUCAACACUCACAAGGGCAUGGGGCUUAUCAACAACAUAUUCAAUGACGAGGCAAUGAGGAAACUCAAGGGAAACCUCGGCAUUGGACACACCAGAUAUUCUACGUCUGCGGCGUCUGAGGAGGUGAAUUGCCAGCCGUUCGUGGUACACACGGCGCACGGUGCGCUAGCUGUCGCGCACAACGGGGAACUGGUCAACUGCAGCAGUCUGCGCAAAAUGGUGCUAGCACGUGGAGUUGGUCUAUCCACGCAUUCGGACUCCGAGCUGAUCACGCAGGCGCUGUGCCUCAACCCACCGGAGGGGGAGACCAAUGGCCCUGACUGGCCCGCCAGGAUCAACCACCUCAUGCAGUUGGCUCCCCUGAGUUACUCGCUAGUGAUAAUGCUGAAGGACAAGAUAUACGCCGUGCGGGACCCGUACGGCAACCGCCCGCUCUGCAUCGGCAAGAUACUGCCGCUCGGCUCCUCGUAUGUCUACAAACAGUCUUCGGCACAGCAUGCAUCGGUCCUGAUGAACGGAUGUUCAAAGAAUGGCUUAGAAGACAAGGCGGAGGGGUGGGUGGUGUCUUCAGAGUCCUGCGGGUUCCUGUCGAUCGGUGCCCGGUAUGUGCGCGAGGUGUUGCCAGGUGAGAUAGUGGAGAUGUCUCGGCAUGGUAUCCGCACGGUGGACGUGGUGGAGCGCCCCGCUGGCAAACAGCAAGCCUUCUGCAUCUUCGAGUAUGUCUACUUCGCUAGGGCUGACAGCAUGUUCGAGGGUCAGAUGGUGUACUCGGCGCGCAUGCAGUGCGGGCGCAUGUUGGCCCGCGAGUCCCCCGUGGACGCGGAUAUCGUGUCCUCCGUACCUGAGUCCGGCACCGCAGCCGCGCACGGCUACGCCAGGCAGUCCGGUAUCCCGUUCAUGGAAGUCCUCUGCAAGAACAGAUAUGUGGGCCGUACGUUCAUCCAGCCGUCUACACGCCUGCGACAGUUGGGGGUGGCGAAGAAGUUCGGAGCGCUCUCUGAGAACGUACGCGGCAAAAGGAUUAUACUGAUUGAUGAUUCUAUCGUGAGAGGGAACACUAUUGGACCGAUCAUUAAGCUGUUGAGGGACGCCGGCGCGGCUGAGGUCCACAUCAGGAUAGCAUCCCCCCCGCUCAAGUACCCGUGCUACAUGGGUAUCAACAUCCCCACCACGGAGGAGCUGAUCGCCAACAAGCUCGACGCGUACAAACUCGCCGAGCAUGUCGGCGCGGACAGUUUAGAAUACCUAAGUGUGGAAGGUCUAGUAAGCGCGAUCCACUACAACAUGAAGAUGGCUCCGAGCGACGGAGUCGGCGGGCACUGCACGGCCUGCCUCACCGGGGAAUACCCCGGGGGCCUGCCCGACGACGUGGACUGGUGAUCACACAGGAGUUAAAAUAAUAUUGUGCUUAUAAAAUCAACGUCUUAUCAAAAGGUUGUGGUUCGCGCUGGUUUCAAAGCCCGUCUCACACGGAGUUACUCAAAAAUCACCAAGUUAAUAAUUACGAUUAAAAAUUACAGACGAUGCUACUUUAAUUGCAAGGUUUCUUCCUAUAUUUAACGUUAGCUCGUUCAUUUUUACUAGAAUAAAGUAGUUUCGUUUUGUCCGGCCAAGUAGUGGAUGUAAUCUGCACGUAUGUCACGUCAAAAAUAAAAAAAAUAGUUUGUAACUAUUAGGUGACGAUAUGUCGCGUCACUCAUAACCAGUUAGUAACUAUCGUGUGCGGAUAUUCUAUGCGCAGGUUCUAUGAGAAUUUGUUAACGGUGAGAAUUAAGCAGCUCGUUAGCAAUUUUAAGCUUGUAACUAGUUCCUUUUGAGUAUCUCCGUGUGAGACGGGGCUUGCACUGUAACUUUGGGCUCGAAUAGAAUAAAAAGUAAAAACGUACAAUAGAUAGUAAUGUUUAUAAACUCAUCUACAACUAAACGAGGCUGCCAAUAAAAAUCUCGUAACAAUAACCACGAAUAAUAUUGUAAAUUAAAUUGUUAUAUUUUCCAUUUUUAUCUUUUUUGUAUACCUACGUCGUCGUAAUAUUGAUUUACACUUUUGAAUCAUUCCUAAUUAUUGAUGCUCGAAUGUAAUGAAUCAUGAUGUAUUGAAGACAGUUCGAAUGUUAAUAAUUAAGUUAUAACCUGUAAGUGCCUUAGUUGUAAUUAUACCCUAGUUGUAAGAAAAAUGUAUUUUUACAUUAUUUUUAAGUAAACUUAGAAGUCGUGCUGGUUUCGACUAAUGAAAUAAAUAUUUUUUAUUCCUAUAGUUAUUAAUUAUAAUUUAUAGAAAUAUAAAUCUUAUUAAUGGUCUUAGGGGAAUAUAAAAUGGCUCUGUAUCCUUGAAAGGAUCGAUUUUGUACAUAUUAUUUGAUUAACAAGUAAAUCGAGGCAUCUUAAUGACAAUACAUAGAUCGAAAGAAUUUCGCAUGGCCAGGAGGACCCGGUGGUGUAAUGGUUAAAGCACAUAAUAACGGGUUCUUACCGCGUUUAAAUGGGAAUAUGAGACUCCCGAUAUUUCGACACUGUUGCAAGUGCCAUGAUCACGGGAUGACUGAUGAGAUUGGAGUGGAGUAGGUAGAUCCAUAAUUUUCUACGGGCAGAUAUAUCUGUCUACCCUUUCUUUGCCGCUUAUUUAUGUUUUUGAUAUCGGAAUGUUCUGAACCAUCUGAACUCGCACGAAACUCACUACGACAAACCGCGACGAACCCGUUAUUAUGUGCUUUAAUUAUGAUAAUAACCGCGUAAAUCAGAAUGAAAUGUUGAAGUUUUAUAUUGAUUCUAGAUAAUUCUAGAUUUCGCAUCGAUUCCACAGACCAUAAUAAAAUUUGAAAAUUAGUUAUUUCUCGAAUAUUUAAGAUCUGAGAAGUUUCUGUACAAUUUAGUAGGUAUAUUUUUUGAUACUUUACACGUACAUUCCGAUGUCUUCUUGUGAUUGAAAUGUGCCUUCCUAGAGUAUCCUUGUCUCUUUUACUCUUGUGGGUAAUGUGUGAGCACGAAAGAGACGUACUGUUGUAUCCAGCGUACAUACUGACUGUAGAAUAGAUGUAUGUUGUUAAUUUGUACCUCUUAGUACAAUGUGGCAAGUGAAGAAAAUAUAUCAAGUAUAUUUUUAUUUA